AUGCCAAAAGUGCCCAAUAUUGUAAAUCAGAGACCACGCACUCGUAGUGACAUAGAAAUGUUCAUCACAAAGGCCUUAGAGAAGAUCCUAAGUGAUAAGGAAAUCAAGAGAUCCCACCAUCAGCAACUGAAGCGUGCAUGUGAGAGGGUGCUGGAAGAAGUUCACAAUGAGUUGAAGGGAACUGAACAAGACAGUGCAGAUUCAUCAUCAUGUCUACCCCUACCAAAAUCCUCAGCUGGGAGCCUCGAUGCAGAGAAGUACAUUCUCCCAUUUGAACUUGCAUUGCAGUCCCGCACUCCACGCAUUGUUGUGACUGCUUUAGAUGGGCUUCAAAAACUGAUUGCAUAUGGUCACAUCACUGGAGCUUCCAAAGAUGAAACAAAUCCAGAGAAGUUGCUCAUUGAUAGAAUUGUUGAAUCCAUCUGUGGAUGCUUCACAAACUCAUCCACUGAUGAAGGAGUGCAGCUCCAAGUGCUGAAAGCACUUCUCACAGUUUUGACAUCCUCCCAUGUUGAAGUUCAUGAAGGCACUUUGGUACUCGCCAUACGAACAUGUUACAAUGUGUAUUUGGGAAGCCGAAACCUGGUAAAUCAAACUACUGCUAAAGCCACUCUCACACAGAUGAUGAAUGUCAUCUUUGCCCGAAUGGAAAACCAGGUCUUGAAGUCUUCUCCUCACAAGGCUGACCUUGCUGCCAUGAGUCCUGAUAAGGAGAAAGUAUUGGAGUCUCCAAAAGAGAAUGGGGAAGCAGAGCCUUAUGAAGAUUUUCAUUCUCAGGGAAGUGGAAGCAUUGGCAGACAUUCAGAUUCCCUUGAUCCUGAGCAUCUACCAGUUGAAGAGGAUGUGAUUGAUGAAGCAAUGGUUAUUGCUCAAGGUAUUAUUUCAGAGCUCAUUGAUGAAAGUUACAAUGAAGCCAGUCAAAAAGACUUGUAUCGGGUGCCUUCCCAAGAGAGUAUGGCAGCUUCUGAACAAACUGAAGGCAUGACAAUGGCAAGGUUUUCUCACAUCCAAGAGAAGGAUGCCUUCCUGGUAUUCAGGUCACUUUGUAAACUGUCCAUGAAGCCAUUACCAGAAGGUCAACCUGACCCCAGGUCACACGAGCACAGGAGCAAGCUUCUUUCCCUCCAGCUCUUGCUGGGUAUCCUACAGAAUUCAGGUCCAAUCUUUCAAAGCAGUGAAAUGUUUAUUCCUGCAAUCAAGCAGUACUUGUGUGUAGCCUUAUCCAAGAAUGGAGUAUCAUCGAUAACAGAAGUCUUUGAGCUCUCCCUGGCAAUAUUUCUCAUCUUAUUAUCCAAAUUCAAAGCACACUUGAAGCGACAAAUUGAGGUAUUCUUUAAAGAUAUUUUCCUCAAUGUGCUGGAGUCUUCAACUAGUUCAUUUGAGCAUAAGUGGCUGGUCAUUCAAGCUCUCACUCGCAUAUGUGCGGACGCUCAAUGUGUGGUUGAUAUCUAUGUCAACUAUGACUGUGAUCUGAAUGCAGCCAACAUCUUUGAAAGACUAGUCAAUGAUCUCUCAAAAAUUGCCCAAGGAAGGCAGGCUGUUGAACUUGGAGCCACACCAAAUCAAGAAAAGAGAAUCAGGAUAAAAGGCUUGGAAUGUCUAGUAUCUCUUCUCAAGUGCAUGGUUGAAUGGAGCCGUGAGUUGUACAUCAAUCCCAUGGCUCAGAUUCAGGUCACAGAAACCUCCAGUGAUCCCAUGGAUGAGCCAGACUCCCUACAAUCAAAUGGCAGUCUUCGUGGCAGCACCAGGAAUUCCCCUUCUAUGCUACAUAGUACUGGUGCUUCUGAUGAAACUCGUCAAUUUGCAGUGCAAAAGCAACAAAAAGAAAUUUGGGAACAAGGCAUUCAGCUUUUCAACCGGAAACCGAAAAAAGGACUCAAGUUCCUUCAGGAUCACAAGUUCAUUGAUGGUAGCCCUGAAAGUAUUGCAAGGUUCUUUCAUAAAUACAAUGAUCAACAUCUAGACAAGACUCAACUUGGUGACUUUCUGGGAGAUCCAGACAAUUUCAACCGGCAGGUCAUGUAUGCCUAUGUUGAUCAGUUGGAUUUUGUCAAUACUGACUUUGUGUCUGCAUUACGACUCUUCCUUGAAUGCUUUCGCCUCCCUGGUGAAGCCCAAAAAAUAGAUAGAUUGAUGGAAAAGUUUGCUGCUCGUUACUGUGAGUGCAACCCUAACUUGGGCCUAUUUGCAAGUGCAGACACAGCUUACGUGCUGGCUUAUUCCAUCAUCAUGCUUACUACUGAUUUGCACAGUCCUCAGGUGAAGAACAAAAUGACCAAAGAGCAAUAUAUCAAGAUGAAUCGAGGAAUCAAUGACAGCAAAGAUCUUCCAGAAGAAUAUCUUUCUGAAAUCUAUGAUGAAAUUGCAGGAAAGGAGAUAAAAAUGAAAGGAGGAAAUCAGGUGGGAAAGCAGCUUGUUUCCAAUGAGAAGAAGAGGAAGCUCUUGUAUAAUUGCGAGUUGGAAGCAAUCUCCCAUGCUGCGAAGGCACUCAUGGAAGCUGCAUCGCAUGUUGAAGCACCCUUUACACAAGCCAUGCACUUGGAGCAUGUGAAACCCAUGUUCAAGUUAGCUUGGACACCAUUCCUUGCAGCCUUCAGCGUUGGCCUUCAGGAUUGUGAUGAUCAACAAAUUGCAACUCUUUGUCUGGAUGGCAUUCGUUGUGCAAUUAGAGUUGCUUGCAUUUUUCGCAUGGAGUUGGAGAGGGACGCAUAUGUGCAGGCUCUUGCUCGGUUCACCCUCCUGACUGCCAUCUCCCCAUUGACUGAACUGAAGGCAAAGAAUGUGGAUACGAUCAAGAUAUUGAUCCUGGUGGCUCAGACAGAUGGUAACUACCUGGGUCAUGCAUGGUUGGAUAUCUUGAAAUGCAUUUCACAGCUUGAGCAUGCUCAAUUGAUGGGGACAGGAAUGAAACCGAAGAAUGCCCCUGUUGGCUUUCCAACCAGGGAUUCCAUUUCACUCAGUGUAGAGUCUUUCUUGUCUGACCACUUGGAUCUUGGAAGUGACCAAAAGAAGUUGGCUAGUGCCAAAGAACUUAUCACACAGGCAUGCUCUCAAAGUGUUGUUGUUGCUGUUGAUCGGAUCUUCACUGGGUCUGUAAAUCUGGAUGGAGAUGCUGUAGUUGAUUUUGUGAAGGCACUAUGUGAAGUGUCAAUGGAGGAACUAAAAACAUAUGGGCAACCAAGGAUGUACAGCUUGCAAAAGUUGGUUGAGAUCUCCUAUUACAACAUGGGUCGCAUUCGUCUCCAGUGGUCCCGCAUAUGGGAAGUCCUUGGAGACCACUUCAAUCAAGUUGGAUGCUUACCAAAUGAGGAUGUGUCCUUUUUUGCCAUAGACUCUCUACGGCAACUGUCCAUGAAAUUCAUUGAGAAGGGUGAAUUCCCCAAUUUCCGCUUUCAGAAGGAGUUUUUGCGACCAUUUGAACAUAUCAUGAAGAAGAAUCGGUCACCGACAAUCCGAGACAUGGUUGUGAGAUGUAUAGCUCAGAUGGUGAAUUCUCAAGCAGCUAGCAUAAAAUCUGGUUGGAAGAACAUCUUCAGUGUUUUUUAUCUGUCUGCUUCAGACCCAGAUGAAAACAUUGUUGAGUUGGCCUUCAAAACUACUGGGAAAAUAAUUCAGGAGGUAUUCCAUAAUCACUUUGGUAUCAUCCUGGAUUCUUUCCAAGAUGCAACCAAGUGCCUCAGUGAAUUUGCCUGUAAUCCAAACUUCCCAGACAUCAACAUGGAAGCCAUUCGGCUCAUCAGAGUGUGUGCAAAAUAUGUUGACGAGAAAGAAGCUAUGUUCCGUGAGCAUAACAUGGAAGAUGUGACUGUGGCAGAAGAAGAUCGUGUGUGGGUUAGGGGAUGGUUUCCCAUUCUGUUUGGGCUGUCUUGCAUCAUCAAUCGUUGCUCCUUGGAUGUUCGUACCCGAGCACUCACCAUCAUGUUUGAUGUCAUCAAGUCUUAUGGAAGCUCCUUCCGUGUGCACUGGUGGAAAGACAUAUUCCAGGUUCUUUUCAGGGUGUUUGACAUCCUGAAGCUUCCUGAGCAGUCAUCUGAAGGCGAUUCUAGAUCACAUUUCAAUGAGAAGAAGGAGUGGAUGACAACAACUUGUAAUCAUGCCCUCUAUGCAAUUGUUGAUGUUUUUACACAGUAUUAUGAUACACUUGGACCUAUCCUGCUGGAAGAUCUAUAUCAACAGCUGAGAUGGUGUGUGCAGCAGGAUAACGAACAACUGGCUCGCUCUGGCACCAAUUGCCUUGAGAAUUUGGUGAUCUCAAAUGGCACCAAAUUUGGAGAUGAAGCAUGGGAUAUGACACUCCACUGCAUGCUUGACAUCUUCAAUAUGACUUUGCCACAAGACCUUUUAACAUGGCAGCCAAAUACAGCAGAUCGUGAAGAGAACAGCUUUGCUUUGAUGCAUGGUGAAAUGGAAGCAGUUAUGAAUGCUGUUGGUGGUGACAUGAGCUCUGGAUCUGGAGGUGUCAUGUCUGAAGACAGCUCUUACAAGAGGCAUGGGAAGGAUGGAUCCGAAAAGAGGAGCAAACGUAAGAUUCCUCAGCCCAAAGUAGCCACUGACCACAAAGUCUUCUCUGCUUUGUUCAUCAAAUGUGUUGUGCAACUGGAACUCAUCCAAGCCAUUGAUAACAUAGUAUUCUAUCCUACCACCAGUAAAAAAGAAGAUGCAGAAAAUCUAGCAGCUGCACAAACACAGACUCUACUCGAUCAAGAUGACAACCAGCAACACGAGGAUCAGGGGAUGUAUCCAUUCCUCAGCUCCUCUCGCCUGCUUCGUCUAUUGGACUGUCUACUGGUAUCCCAUCAAUUUGCCAAAUCAUUCAAUUCCAAUCAUGUGCAGCGAAAUGCAUUAUGGAAAGCCGGCUUUAAGGGUAAUGCCCAACCCAACCUGAUGAAGCAGGAGACUCAGAGCCUUGCAUGUGCCUUGAGGAUCCUCUUCAGACUUUAUCUUGACGAGUCCCGACAAGAUGCCUGGCCGGAGGUUCAUGAUCGGCUGAUUCCGAUCUGCAAGGAUGGCCUCGAGUACUUCCUCACCCUCCGUUCCGAAGCCCAUCGGGAUGCCUGGACCUUCAUCUUGCUACUUUUCUUGACCAAAGUGCAAAAGCUGAAUGAUAAAAGGUUCCGGGCUCACAUCUGUGUUUACUACAAUCACCUGUGUGACAUGAUAUGCCUGGAUUUGAAACCAGAGCUGCGAACUCUCCUGAGGCGCUUUUUCCUGAGGAUUGGACCUGUGUUUCAGAUUGUGCCUCCGCCUCUUUGA